AUGGCCCUCAGCUUCCAGGAGGCCGAGGGCUGCGCGUUGAUAUGGCGAUUCGUGAGCAACAUCCAAACCGCGCUGCAGAACAAUGCCAUAGUCGAUGACCUUUCCGAUGAUCUCGCCAUGGACGCCGGAGCAACCAUCAGCCUCCCAGCCGCCGAACUCGGAAACCUGGGCGAAAUUGAGACGGCAAUGCGCAUGAUGGCCACCUCGCCCACAGGCCGUGACAGCCUCGCCAAGGCCAUCAUGGCGGAAGACUACAUUGGCAAGCUCAUCCCGCUCGUCGAGAUGGCGGAAGACCUCGAAAGCCUACCCGACCUGCACCGACUCUGCAACAUCAUGAAGACCAUUCUGCUUCUCAACGAUACAACCAUUAUAGAGCAUGCCGUGUCGGACGACUGUGUUCUCGGCGUUGUCGGUGCCCUCGAGUACGACCCGGACUUCCCCAGCCACAAGGCUAACCACCGCCACUGGCUCGAUAACCGGGGCCGUUUCAAGGAGGUUGUGCCCAUCGAGGAUGACCAGACGCGCCAGAAGAUCCACCAGACAUAUCGACUUCAGUACCUGAAGGACGUGGUGUUGGCCCGCAUCCUCGACGAUCCCACAUUUUCGGUCCUAAACUCGUUGAUCUUCUUCAACCAGGUCGACAUUGUUCAGCACCUCCAGUCCAACUCUGCGUUCUUGGCCGAGUUGUUUGGCAUCUUCAAUGCUCGUCGUCGCGACGCGAAGAAGCGGAAGGAGGCCGUGCUGUUCAUCCAGCAGUGCUGCGCCAUAGCUAAGAACAUCCAACCGCCUUCCCGACAGACGCUGUACAACAACUUUAUCGCACACGGCCUGCUCCAGGUCAUCCAUUUCGGCCUGAGACAUAGCGACGUCGCGGUCCGCGUGGGUGCCACGGACAUCAUGAUUUCGAUCAUCGACCACGAUCCGCACAUGAUUCGACAGACGAUUUACCGACAAUCGAAUGAGAAUCAGCCGUCCCUGACGGACUCCCUCAUCGACCUCUUGCUCGUGGAGGUCGAUCUCGGAGUCAAGUCGCAAAUCUCCGAGGCCCUCAAAGUGCUCCUUGACCAAGGCAUGCCGCCGCAAGGCCCGGAGCACUUUGCCAAGGUUAACGGUGAAUUUGUAGGACGGCCGCGGCCGCAGUCGACGCUGGACCCGCAGCAGGAGGUCUUCUUGACCAGAUUCUACGAACGCUCCGCGGUGAAGCUGUUCAAGCCACUGCUUGACCUCCAGGACCGGAGUGAUAUGAACUUCUCAGUGCAGCAGGCCUCCAUGUUCACCUAUCUCGUGGAAAUACUGUGCUUCUUUGUUCGGCAACAUCAUCGAUUUAGCAAGCACUUUGUUCUGAACAACAAUCUGGCAGAACGGAUUUGCCAGCUGCUGCAGAGCCCCGAGAAGUACUUGCGGCUUGUGUCAAUUAGGUUUAUCCGAUAUCUUGUCGGACUCCAAGACGAGUUCUACACAAAGCAUCUUACGGAGAAGAGAGUGUUUGGCCCCAUUUUGGAUGUGCUCAUUGAUACCCUGCCGAGAGACAACUUGGUCAGCUCCGCGUCCCUGGAGCUGUUCGAGCACAUCAAAAAGGAGAAUCUCAAGGAGCUUGUGAAACACCUGGUCCUCAACUACCGCGAGCGCCUUGUCAGCCUCAGCUACCUGGCCACGUUCCGCGACCUGGUGCUGCGCUACGACCAAACGCAGGGCUUCACGGCCAACAUGGACUACUACCUAGAGAGCGAGGAGGAUCUCACCAGGAAACCUCCUCCGAACGCAAGGCUCAUGGAGCACAUUGCCGUCGACCCGGCCGAGGAGGAGUACUGGAACACGUCGGACCCUGAAGACGAGGAGGAAGAGCACCACGAAGAGGAGUCGGUGAAAACUCUGCCGUCCAACGGCCCCGAGACUCCGUCGAAGCCGUUGGUCGAUUACCCGUCCGACGAAGACAGCCACGAAACCGGCAAUGCCGAAGGUGAAGAGAAGACGACCGAAGCCGCCGACUCGACAGCGACCGCCGCUCCCGCCGAACCCGCCUCAGCGAACCAGGAGCCCGUAGCUCCUACCGUUGUAGCUCCGCCGGAGCGACUGUCCGAGAAGCGCCGCCGCGAGGAAGACGAGGAUGAUGAGCUGGGCAAGCUAAUGCAGAAUAAGCGACGCAGCAGCGGCUCCUCCGAGUCCAACCCGGGCGCCUCGCCGAGGGCCAGCUCUCGGCGCAACAGCUUCAGCCCCAACAGCGGCAACGGCGGCUCCAAGAAGAUUUCCAUCAGCCUCUCCACGGCGGUCAAGACGGGCGGCGAUUCGCGGACGGGCGACGACUCCUAG